UUCUCAUAAGGUCACAGCAAUUAUGUAGACAAAAUCCUUUUUUUGAGGAAAUGUUAGCUGAUGAUCCUCCAGGGUUGGGGGUUCGAUUCCCGCCGAUGCCCUGUGUGUGCGCGGGGUUUGCAUGUUCUCCCUGUGCUUUGUGGGUUUCCUCCGGGUACUCCAGUUUCCUCCCCCAGUCCAAAGACAUGCAUGAUAGGCUCAUUGGCAUGUCCAAUGUGUCCCUAGCGUAUGAAUGGGUGCGUGAGUGUGUAUGUAAUUGUGCCCUGCGAUGGAUUGGCACCCCGUCCAGGGUGUACCCCGCCUUGUGCCCCAUACUCCCUGGGAUAGGCUCCAGGUUCCCCACGACCCAAUAGGAUAAACUGUAUAGAAAAUGGAUGGAUGGAUGGAUGGAUGAAAAGUUGCCCCUACCAAGAUGGCGCCGUUGUUGACGUGUAUGAACGGACGACAUCUUGGGACGGCCAACUUAUGUGAAUGGUCGAGGCGGGGUUUAUAUGAAUACGGGUGGGAAAUUGUUGGUUUCACAUUUGUCGAGUACACAGCAGGUCGUGUUGUGACGGGGGAUGGGAGUGGGGAUUUCUCUCUCGGUCUUGUAGUUGCACUCUUGUCUGAAACGUUGUUUUCUUUGUGAAAACGGGCUGUGUAGCCGAUAAGUUCGCUCCCCUGCUCGCGGAUGCACCUCGCGACAUUCGAAAAGCCGAAAUAAUCUGCGCGCGCUCGGCAGGGUCUGCAACACAACGGCCGAAAUGUUCUCGAGCGGAGCAGCGAGUGCUCCUCUGACUCCUCCACCACAAGAGUAUGUGUUCAAACCACCCCAGAGGCCAGACUUUGGCACCAAUGGUAGGACAAUCAAACUGCAGGCCAAUUUCUUUGAGAUGGAGAUCCCCAAACUGGAGGUGUACCAUUACGACAUCGACAUCAAACCUGAGAAGUGCCCACGGAGGGUCAACCGUGAAAUUGUUGAGCACAUGGUCCAGCACUUUAAAACACAGAUCUUUGGUGACCGAAAGCCUGUGUAUGACGGGAGGAAGAAUUUAUACACAGCAAUGCCCUUACCCAUAGGGAGAGACAAGGUGGAGCUGGAGGUGACGAUCCCUGGUGAGGGGAAAGACAGGAGCUUUAAAGUGGCCAUAAAGUGGGUUUCAUGUGUUAGUCUGCAAGCUCUUCACGAAGCACUGUCUGGACGGCUGCCAAGCAUCCCUUUUGAGACCAUUCAAGCUCUAGAUGUGGUCAUGAGACAUUUGCCCUCCAUGAGGUACACACCUGUUGGCCGCUCAUUCUUCACACCUUCUGAAGGCUGCUCCAACCCUCUUGGUGGAGGAAGGGAAGUCUGGUUUGGCUUCCACCAGUCUGUUCGCCCAUCUCUUUGGAAAAUGAUGCUUAACAUUGAUGUAUCGGCUACGGCGUUCUACAAAGCCCAACCAGUGAUUGAGUUUAUGUGUGAGGUUUUGGAUUUUAAAAGCAUCGAUGAACAACAGAAGCCUUUAACAGAUUCCCAAAGAGUCAAGUUCACUAAGGAGAUAAAGGGUCUGAAAGUAGAGAUCACACACUGCGGGCAGAUGAAGAGGAAAUACAGAGUUUGUAAUGUAACCAGGAGACCAGCCAGCCACCAGACGUUUCCCUUACAGCAGGAGAGUGGGCAAACCAUCGAAUGCACUGUGGCACAGUACUUCAAAGAUAAAUACAAACUGAUACUUCGAUAUCCUCAUCUCCCAUGUUUACAAGUCGGACAGGAACAAAAGCACACUUACCUGCCUCUUGAGGUUUGUAACAUAGUGGCUGGACAGCGAUGCAUCAAGAAACUGACAGACAAUCAGACCUCCACUAUGAUUCGCGCCACAGCCCGGUCAGCGCCUGACCGCCAGGACGAAAUUAGCAAAUUGAUGAGAAGUGCCAACUUUAAUAGUGACCCUUAUGUACGUGAGUUUGGGGUCAUGGUAAGAGAUGAAAUGACUGAAGUGAAUGGCCGAGUCCUCCAGGCACCAUCUAUUCUCUAUGGAGGACGGAACAAGGCAAUAGCUACCCCAAUCCAAGGUGUAUGGGAUAUGAGAAACAAGCAGUUCCACACUGGGAUAGAGAUCAAGGUUUGGGCCAUCGCUUGCUUUGCUCCACAAAGGCAAUGUACUGAGCUCUUAUUAAAAGCAUUUACAGACCAGCUGCGCAAGAUUUCUCGUGACGCAGGCAUGCCUAUUCAAGGUCAGCCCUGCUUUUGUAAGUAUGCUCAGGGAGCUGACAGUGUGGAACCCAUGUUUAAGCACCUGAAGUACACCUACCAAGGCCUGCAACUGGUCGUGGUCAUUCUUCCAGGGAAGACACCUGUCUAUGCGGAGGUGAAGCGUGUCGGGGACACAGUUUUAGGAAUGGCCACUCAGUGUGUCCAGGUGAAGAACGUCCAGAAAACCACUCCACAAACACUGUCUAAUCUCUGUCUGAAGAUCAACGUUAAACUGGGUGGAGUCAACAACAUUCUGCUUCCACAGGGAAGGCCCUUGGUUUUCCAGCAGCCUGUAAUUUUCCUGGGGGCAGAUGUGACUCAUCCUCCAGCAGGAGAUGGAAAGAAACCCUCCAUUGCUGCAGUGGUUGGUAGCAUGGAUGCCCACCCAAGCCGAUACUGUGCCACAGUGCGGGUUCAGCAGCACCGCCAAGACAUCAUUCAAGACUUGGCAACAAUGGUGAGAGAACUGCUUAUCCAGUUCUACAAGUCAACCCGCUUCAAACCCACACGUAUUAUCUACUACAGAGAUGGCAUUUCAGAAGGUCAAUUCAAUCAGGUUCUGCAACAUGAGUUACUGGCGAUCCGUGAGGCCUGUAUAAAGCUAGAGAAGGACUACCAGCCAGGCAUCACUUUUGUAGUAGUCCAGAAGAGACACCAUACCAGGCUUUUCUGUAUGGACAGGAACGAGAGGGUUGGAAAGAGUGGGAACAUCCCUGCUGGCACCACAGUCGACACAAAAAUCACUCAUCCGUCAGAAUUUGACUUUUACCUUUGCAGCCAUGCUGGUAUUCAGGGUACCAGCAGGCCUUCUCACUACCAUGUGCUGUGGGACGACAACCACUUCACUUCAGAUGAGCUGCAGGUACUCACAUACCAGCUGUGCCACACCUACGUGCGCUGCACCCGCUCUGUCUCCAUUCCUGCGCCUGCCUACUAUGCUCACCUUGUGGCAUUCCGAGCACGCUACCACCUAGUAGACAAGGAACAUGACAGUGCUGAAGGCAGCCACACAUCAGGCCAAAGUAAUGGUCGAGACCAGCAGGCCCUGGCUAAAGCUGUUCAGAUCCACCAGGACACACUGCGCACCAUGUACUUCGCCUGAGCCUGGCCAGAGAUGAGUCUCAUAUCCUCAAACACCAUGUGUCUGUAUGUUUAACAUGCCCCAUUCAUCUUGGGGGGCCUCCAGAUGUGCACAUAGUUAACUGGCAACAUUUCACACAUUCAAGGUCUCUGUAUUUAUUUGAGCUUCAAGAAAACAUUUUUUUUGUCCAUUCGUUCUAUGCCUUUACACUGACAAUUCUGACUUUGCUUUGGGGUUUAUAUUAUUAAUAACAUUAUGAUUAUGCCAAGGCUGAUGGAAUAGAAAUUUUUGACAUAUUUGUGAAACUUCUAUCAGCACUGACCCAGAAGGACACGACUUCAGGACACGAGUACUUACUGUUCUUUUUAUGUUUCUUUCACAUUACUAACAAAUCUGUCAGUGUUGUCUUUUUGUUAGUCCUCAACUCAGUCACUCUACCGUAGUUGAUUAAGUUGGUUUCUUGAGUAACAACUGACAGAUUGUGCUUUAUAUUGGAAACCAAAUCUUUAUAUUAUAAUAAGGACACUUGGAACAGUUAUUUGGGACAGUGGAAGCUUAAUCAGACAGAAAUUUGUAGUUCUCUCAGCAUGAGAGGAGUGUUUUGACAAUCAGCUGUCUGGGUCUGAAGAGGGAAUUCUAGUUCAUACAGGACUGGUUCCUGAGACCAGCACCCUUUCUUGAUCCAAACCUGUUAGUGAGUUAUCCUUUUUCAGCCCUGGUUUCCAUUUUAUUUUCCCCAACAUUAUUAUCUGUUAGGCUAUCAAAUUUAGACUGUAAAGAGAAGUACUAAUAUCUUGUGUGAGAGAUUAGUCUCUUAUGUACUGCUGAUUAUUUUUUUAUUUUAUUUCUACCACACGUCCGACCUGAAGCUUUGCUUUCUUAAAGGAUCACUCCAUUGUUUUCAGACUAAUAUCUAUCUACUGCUUCUGUAGUGUAUUACUGAUUACUACUUUAUAAUAACGACUUUUUCUCUAUCCUGAGAGAAGAUUGGAAAGCCUGUUUCUGUGAAACUUCCUUAUAAUGGACAUCUAAAGGCAGCUGUUGUAUUACCGUAACCAUUUACAAUACCUGACUAUAUAACACACAAUCAGAAUUAACCCUUUGGUGAGACAGGCAUCAAAUAUUUCCUUAUGUCAUUUUUAUUCCACUUUCCAACACUGGGGCAGUAGGGUAAAAACAAAUUCUGGUCACUUACACUUUACUUAGGAUUUUAUGAUCUCGCGUGUUUGUGUCUGAAAUUUCGUCCCAUCUGCUAAAAGACAAAUUAUGUAGUGUUUAGGUUUAAAGUCCAAUUUAUAAAUACCUGACUGAGGAAUUUACAAAAAAAAACAAUUAAAGAGAUAAAGUUGUUUCAUAUUACUGUUACCACGCCCCAACUUCCCUCAGGCCUCUCUUUAUAAAAAAGUUUUGAGUAAAUGAGUUUUCUUAUCUUUUCUUAGUGCGCAAAGAAGUCUGCGAUCAUUUUCUGUGAUAAUUGCCUGUGCACUAGAGAUGCAGUGGAUAGAGCUAAGGUUUAACAAACCCUGGAGUAUUACUUUAAGUGUCUUGUGAUUCUGUCAGCCUCAUACACUGUUGUAGUGGUGCAUGAAUCAUGAUGUAAAGGACAGAUUGCUAUAUAUAUAUUUUUUUUAAUUAUUCUUAUUUUUUUAUGUAUCUAAUUAUGUCCAAGAUGGUGAUCUGCAUAUUGUUUGUUUAGAUUUGUAUACACAGACUGAUGGCUCAUGGAACCAUGGCCUUAAUGGUAGGAAGGUCUUGAGGGUUAUGGGAACGUGUUUGUUGGUUAUAGAUAUCUAGUCAGCCACAUUACACUCGGAUGUGUUAAGCACCUUAUUUUUUGCCCAAAUGUCAGUGAUAACGCAAUAGCCUUUACCGUAGAAGGUUUUUGACCAUUCUAUUGAUUCUAAAUUUGAGUACUCGUAUUGUGUAACUCUUUCGCGGCUCUGGUGCUGGAGCUCUUCUCAAGAGCUUUGUAGUGUCAUUGGGUUCAUCCAAUAGGCGAGUGGUUUUAGUUUUUAUUAAAGGCUUUUGAGAUUGUGAGGUAUAUUCGCAAAUGAUUCAACAAUUCGUUAAAAUUUAACUGCUAUUGUAGGCAAUUAUUUUAUUUUAUUUUUUUUUUAUUCCUGGUAUAAAUGCAAAUCUUAUUGGAACGUUGGUUAGCUUCCCCAUGUUUCACUUUUAACUUUAAUUAACCUAGAGCUGAACAUUUUUAAACUUUUAUACCUAUGCAUUUAUAGCCAAGAGAUUUUAGUGUGUUUUGUGUAUAUAAUGAUUUUAGAUAAUGUGUAUUGUAGUAAUUUUAAGCUUUAAUAGAGUGCAUAGGCAAAAACCCUCUUCCUGUUGUAGCAGUAUUAGCCUAUAGAAUGUUAUAUUUUUAUUAUAGUAGACAAUUAGAUACAACUUUCAGUUAGUCCUGUUAGCCAAGAAAGAUUACAAAUAUUUAAGCAUACUGUUAUCCUACAGUAACUGAAGCACAAUGAAUUAUUGGUGCUAAACAUUUUCCUGAAACAAAUAUUUUAUUUACCAUCAGAUCACGGUAAAAAAAAAAAAAAUCAUCAACCACGGAACUGAUUCUUAGGGUUGAGUUUCUUUAGCUUCCUUUGAACUGUGUUGCAGGGGCAUUUUUAGUUCUCAGUCUCGAAUACUUGACUUGGUUAUUUUUCAGAUUUGAUGCUGGUCUCUAAACUUGCAGAUGCACUUUGAAGGGCAUUGGACAUGUACUAUUAGUAAUUGUUUGGAAAUGGCUUGAUGUCCUACCUCUUGUUGCCUGUUUUUAAAUAUAAUGGUAACAUCACUGCAUUAGUCAUUUCUUCAUAAUUACACAAGUGGUGGCGUUAGAAUAAAUUCUUUCUCUGAAAGUUUCUGGGCAUCUUAUAGUGUCACUUAGCUUAGAAAUGACCAAAAGGCGUAUCUGUUCAGAGGCUGUUCUUGGUGCCAUUUUAAAUCUUUUACAUUAACUGCCAUAUUUUUUUUUUUUUUUUUUUUAAAUAAUAAUAAAGUGCUAAAGAUUCAGAGCUUUGAAGUACCCCUUCGUAUGGUUAAAUUGAAAUUCACCAAAUGGAUUAGAAAGAACGUUAUCUAUUGUCAAUCUUUUGUGGAAGUGAAUACGGUCAUGUUCGGCCAAGCAACGCAUUCACGUUGUACAUUCAUACAUUCUUUACCCCACUGGCUGCUAAUUUGGAACAAAAUAUGUUGUCAUUUUCCAUUCAGAUUUUCCUCAUCUUUAGAGCUAAAUAUGUCUCUCUUAGCUUAGGAAAUAACCCGAAGUGAACAAUUUAAACCUGUUCCCCCCCCCCUCCCCCCCCAUGUUUUUCAAUUUCAUCUUCCUUUUUAUUGGUUUUCAAUGAUGCAGUUCACUUUGUCUUGUAAAUAUGACAGUGAUCAGAGCUUUUACUUUACCUGAGUUUUUAGUAUUUUACCUUUUAAAGCCAGCACCUUAGAUUGUCAGAACUCUUAAGCAUAUGCAAUUCUUAUGUAAUAAAAGAAAAUGUAUGAUUGAGGUGUUUUUGCACUAUAUGAAUCAGUGUGGACUGGGUUAUUGUUGGAAAGAUUAGAAUGUUGGUUGUCCUCUUCAAUCACCAUAAACGCUAGUGGAUACUCCAGUUGUUUUUGAGGUGGUUGUACAUUUUGGUGCAUGUGCAUACACGCACACUGGUGCAGAAUCUGAAGCUACACAUAGAUAAUACGUCCUGACAUUUGAGUAACUAUGCAAAAACUGAUUAUGGUUCCGAGCCAUUCAUCUUAUGCUCAAAUUUGUUUAGUUUUACAGUGAUCCUGGUGAUUUGUAAGUAAGUCUGAUUUUGAAUUUAAACUUCAUUCUUUCAAAGACAUUAGGACUGGUUUUAUAUAAUGUCUUAAAUGUAAUGGAGUGAUCUUACAAAAUAUGAAACUGGCAUUUUGUGUUCAAGAUUUUUUUUUUUUCUUCUUUUUUUUUUUUUCUUUUCCCUGCAGAAGUUUCAUGAUGUCCAGUGUAAUCCAAAACAAAUGACAAUGUAAUGCUGGAUUGUGAUGAAAUUUGAUGGUUUUAAAUGAAUCCUUUUGUCUAUGCACAGCACGAACAUAUAGCACAUAUCAGCAUUUUGUGAUAACCUGAAGAAGUUGAAUGAGAACCAGCAUGGUGGUGUUUUGAUAUUGCAAUGCAGAGGUACCCUCGUUUGGCAAAUCCAAGAGAAUGUCUACCAAAUUAAAGUAUCCCUAUUAACGAAGUUCAACUUCUAGAGAAAAUCAACCACGUACGUGAAUCACUAAACUAUCAACUGUUUUUCUAAAUGUAUAGCCAGGAUUUUACAGAUCUGAUAUUUACCCCGGACCAGCAAGAGUCGAAUGAAUUUCAGUUAGAGGAAUUGUGCAUUUUAAAUAAUGCUCUCUAAUGGAUUAACAUUUCUCUAACUUUGCACUCUAACUUUUGCUUGUAUCUGAAUAGGUUAAGCAAAGUCUCAUGAAAAUAAGACUAUAGUGUAUAUGAAGAUACUUAAUGGCAUAAAUAAUACACGUACAUGUAUAUCUGAUGCAUUUCAGAUGUGUGUGACCAAGUUAACAUUUGUGUUUGGGCAAUUAUUACUGACAUAUGGACAAAUCCUUCUUUUGCUUGUGUUUGAGGUGCUACACUGUAAAAAUUGUUUAUAUUUAGGGCAAUAUUGUGGUGUUUGUGUUUUAUAUUUUAGUUCAUUGUAUCAUUUCUGAUAGCAUUCAAUUCCAUACUACCAAUGUUUCAAAUUAUAGCCUGAUACCUAGGUUCUCAUUUCGAACUAAGCAUCUUGGCUCCAAUCAUUGCCCAUCAUCCCCUAGGAAAUUCGGAAAGUCACUAUGUGCACAAAUAAAUUAUGUAAUAGACAUUUUUGCCAAUGCCAUUUUACGCCAUCUGAAUAUUUACAGGUGUGCAUUCUAAAAUGAUUUUUACUAAAAAAUCAGCAAUGUCUCUUGUUGAUAAGUGACAUAAAAAUAAAAAAGAGCACUAGCUUAAUAACCUGGCUUUUUAUACCAAUUUUGAUAACUACCUCAGAACAGUUUAGGGUGCUAACCUUCUCUCUCUCUCUCUCUCUCUCUCUCUCUCUCUCUCUCUCUCUCUCUCUCUCUUCCCCUCCCUCCUAUCUAUCGAUCUCUCUGUCUAUCUAUACACACAUCUGUACCUAUUAGGAACACCUGUGCAUUCAUGCAUAAUACUGUGUCAGUAGUGCAAUGCAGAACAUCAUGCAGAUACAGGUUAAGAGCUUAAGUUAAUGUUCACAUCAAAUGUUAGAAUGAAGAAAAAGUGUGAUCUCUGUAAUCUCUUUACCUGUGGCGUGGAUGUUGGUACCAGAUGGGCUGGUUCGAGUUCAGAAAAAAGUUGACGAUCUGGGAUUUUUCACACAUAACAGUCUAGAGUUUACACAGAACGGUGUGGAAAAACAAAAAGACAUCGCGUGAGCGCCAGUUCUCUGGCUGGAAACGCCUUGUGGAUAAGAGCGGUCGAUGGAAAAUGGCCAGAUUGGUUCAAGCUGCCAGGAAGGAUAUAGAAUCUCAAAUAAUCACUCUUUACAAGUGUGGUGAGCAGAAAAGUAUCUCAGUAUGCACAAAAAUGGGCACAGAAUCACCCAAACUGGACAGCUGAAGAGCACCUAGUCUAUUUCCAGUCUUCAACGAUCUAGUUUGGGUGCUCAGAGCCUGUACUCAUGAUUGCCUCAGAUUCUUAUGCUUGGUCGACAGGAGUGGAACCUGACGUGGUCGUCUUCUGUUGUAGCUCACCCACCUCAAGGUUUGAUGUGUUGUGUGUUCUGCUAUGCUUUCCUGCUCACCACGGUUGUAAAGAGUGAUCAUUUGAAUUAUUAUAAACUUCCUGUAGCUCAGACCAGUCUGGUGAUUCGCUCAUCAACAAGGUUUUUCAUCCUGCAGACCGUCUGCACACUGGAUUGUUUGUUUGUUUGUUUGUUUGUUUAUCAUGCCAUUUCAGUGUAAACUCUACAGAGACUGCUGUCUGAGAAAAUCCCAGAUCAACUGUUUCUGAAAUACUCAAACCAGCCCAUCUAGUACCAACAUCCAUGCCACGAUUAAUGUCGCAGAGAUCACGCCUUUUCACCAUUCCGAUGUUUAACGUGAACCUUAACUGAUGCUCUUGACCUGUACCUGCAUGAAUUGUGUUUUUUUUUAUUUUUUGCAUUGUGCUUCUGCCACACGAUUGGCUGAUAACUGCAUGAAUGUACAGGUGUUCCUGAUAAAGUGGACGGUGAGUGUAUAUAUAAUUUCUAUAGUACAUGACGAAUAAUAAUAGUGACCAAACAAACCAAGCCAAUACUGCAUUUUAGAUUUAGCUUUUUCAGAAAAGAUUCUUUUUUUAUUGUCGUCUAGAUGAGGACAACCUGUCAAACAAAAAAAUAUAGCGGACCAAAUUGUGAAAGGACUUUCUGUGGACUGUAAACCAGCGUUUGGAGAAAAAAAAAAAACUAGUCAUAAUAGAUUAAUCACUUAAGUUUGUUUCAAGAUAUUCUCAUUAGGAAACAAUAUCGCCUUCUGUGGUAGUUUGGAAUAGACGCAGCACAAGGAUAGGUUGCUAAUAGGGCCGAGCGGUAUGACGAGAUGAUCUUGUGUCAUAAUCACGAUAAACAUGAUGAUACGCUGUUCUUGAUGAUGAGUUUCGUCAUUAUCAUCAGGUGCCACUGCUUUUAUAACUUACUGUAUAAAGCAACUGACUGGACAAAACAUUUUUUGUACUAAUUGGUUUAUUUUUAGUUUUGCUUUGUUAGCAAAAUAUAUCGUGUAUCGCAAAGAUGUUUUUAAGUUUUGUGAUUUAAUAUUUUUGCCAUAUCGCCCAUCUGUAAUUGCUAGUUUCUUGUGAGUGAACACAGAGCAAUAAUUGCAUCAUUACUCAUGUCUACAGAGUGCAUCAUGGUUUAUUUCCUUUAGGUGAUUGUGGUUACUCACAGAGUGGCAUCUGAAUGCAGUUAGAUUUGGUAUGGUUGUGAGAUGAUAAUCAUCCGUAGUGACGUGCCGUAUUUAGGAUCACGUAUUGGCUUCCAGUCGUCCCAGUCAGCACUGCUCUGCGUUUGCAAUACUACAGAAAGGCAAAUUUGCAACAUCCAAAAAUACUAGCGUGUUGUACUUUUUCCCUUUUUUUUCUUCUUCUUUUUUUUUUUUCUUUUUAAAUGUCAGUCCAAGUUUGGCAGCAUGCUUUCUAACAAACCAGCUUGUCCACACCGCGCUGUCUGAAUGCUUGCAUUGGCCACGAUUCUUCUUUUUGAGAAAUGUUCAGUAUUGCAAUAAACAAAACAAGGGUCUUUUUGGUGAAAGCUCCACAGCAAGUGUAAGCAGGUUGAGAAUAAGCUAUUUCAAAUAGUUUUGCGUGUAAUUUUUACCUUGCAACGUUUUACAAAGGGAAUUUACAGUUAAAUUAAGAAUGAAAUGUGUUUGCAAAAUACGCUCUACUGAUACACUGGCCUGUUUCCGUUGGUUCAAGAUCAAAAAGGUACAAAGGGUUUGAAAAUAAAAUCAAUAUUCUUGAUUAUUUUUGUUGAGCUAGACAUCCAUGUUGUGUGUUUUGUUUGUGUGUGUGUGUGUGUGUGUGUGUGCGCAUCAGCAUCUGUCAUCUCCUGUAUUUAUAUUUGGUGAUAAUUAUUUUUAAUUUGAUGAAAUUCAUUGUCACAUCAAAGAAUUUAUACAUGAAUGACUCACGUAACCUUGAGUGAAUGCUGCAUAGAAUGAUCAGUAUUUGUGUAUUGCACUUUCUAAUCAGUAAAAAAGAAAAGAAAAAAAAAAAGAAGCCCUGUUUAAAAUUGGGCAGAGAAAUUAAAAGAAAAUUAAGACGAGGUAUAUUCUGCUAUAAUAGGAUUUUUUUUUUUUUUUUUUUUAUUAAAGAAAAAAAAAAGUGACUUUUCUAAAAUGUGCGUAGACAUGAAGUACCUCAGAAGCCUGAUAUAUGCUGCAUCAACUUCAUUUAUUUUCUUUUCUUUUGUGAACCUCACUGUCUCUCGUACAUACAGUAAUACAGUUUUCCCUACAGAGAGGUCAGAUGUGCAUGCAAGGCAGUGCGUACACCUUUCUAAAAUGUGUUUUGGUUUGAUUAAUGUGUCUCUUUAACAACAGUAUUUACAUUGGCUUUUUAUUUGGGUGAAAGAUAUGUGUUGUAGAGUACAUAGGGUAUUACAUUUUUGGAAAAACAAACAAACAAAAAAAAAGCAUUCUGUAUCAAUUUUUUUUUUUUUUCACCAUUCCUGUUGGUUUCAUACUAAUCCGGCAUUUACCUUCAGAGGACAUCGCAAAUGGCAACUAAUUAGACGUAGUCCUAAAAGACUACUGACUCAGGUAUUGCCGUUUAAGGGCUAUAUCUGCUACUGAAUCUCUGCCCUGUACUCACUCGCUUGUCUUAAAGUAGCCCUGGAACUGUAUUUAUGGCUAAAACAUCAUACAGUGUAUCUGGCCUUAAAAGGUGCACUAUUAACCAGACCAUGCAAAUCCUGCAUUGUUCUACAUCACUGCCUAUCAUGUACUAGUUUGUUUGUUUUUUUUGCCAUAAAUCUACCUCCUGGGAAUGUACGAGUGUCCUGGAUAUGCUAGAUAGUAAAUAGAUAGUUAUGAUCAUCUUCCAUUAAUAUCUCUUCUGAAAACUCCAGGACGUUCCGGCUGAGGCUGCGUGUCAAACGUGUUUUCCCAUGUUCAUCUAAGCCAUAAAAAUGACCAAAGUUUUUAGGAAGGCAUUCCAGUGGCACUGCCUCGCAGGCUCAAAUCUCCCCCUCGUUUCAAACAUUUCUUUCUUUUUUUUAAAUUCCUACUUAAGCACCUGCCAGAUUGAAUUUACUGUCAUUCCUGUUGAGAGCUUUUCUAUCUCAUUCUUGUAUUUGGACUUGCCGCUAAGCUCUGUGUCUUUUUGUUAUUUUAUUAUGUAAAGUGUGAGCUUUGAGAUUUUUUUUUUUUUUUUUCUCCUCCAUUUAUGCUUUUAUUAUGAUUGCAAGCUCAAUAUAUGCUGUAAACCCUGAUAGAAUAUAAUGUGAAUAUCAUUUAAUAUAGUUGACUUUUUUGCUUGACUGUAUAUGGCAUUGAUUUAAUAAACUUGAGUUCCCCUCACUUGCUUUAUGUCUCCUAAAAUCUUGAUUUUGUGUGCUGUUUAGAUGUCAGGAGCAGCGUAGACAUGCGACGUCCUUCCUUAAGUUUAUAAAUGUUGGGGGAGGAUGGGCAAACUGUGAGGAAGAAUUUGCGUGUAAUAUAUCAAAUAAAAACAUCUGGAUAGGAAGACCAUGAGCAGGUUCGCGUGCAAGCCAACAAACUGUAAGGGAGAAUAAACAGGAACUGUAUAUCCAAUCUUUUGUAGCGGCACAACAAAUUAAUCUCCAACUCAUGCAGGAAAAAGAAUGAUCAUGGGAGCAACUUGUGUGAAAUGUCAUGAGUGCUCAGAGGAGCCUUUUUU